GUGUUUUUAUUUUUGAUGGGUUUUAUUCUGACAGGAGAGUGGAGGCUUUUCCCUGAGACCCACACAGCGUUUGUUCGUCAGAGAAGACGCUCUUCUGACGUCACAGAGUCCCGGGGGCGAGCCCGCGCGGCUCCUAUAAAGCCUCUCCUGCCCGGUGGAGGAAACACGCGCACCGAACCAGACAGGAGACAAAGCAAAGCAAGCACUGAUCUGAUAAACAUGGUGAAGAUCACCUUCCAGCCUGUGUCGGCGCAGAAGCCCGAAAAAGACAACGAUCCGGACAAGAUCACUUUACCACAGCCUUACGAGAAGGUGAUUCCUCAUGCCAAGCCCGUGCAGGUGAUUCCUCUCGGUGGCUCCAGGAAGCCUUUCCCAAUCGGCCUUUGCUGCCUCGCCUUCGGUCUGCUGGCGUUCCUGACAGGACUGGUGCUGGCCUCCGUCUACACUUACCGCCACUACGUUAUACCUCAGCACAUCCCAGAGGACAGCUUGUUCCACUGCCGGGUCAUCUACGAGGACUCCAUCUUCGCUCCCCUGAGGGGUCGACAGGAGCUGGAGGAGAACGUCGGCAUCUACAUUGAAGACAAUUACGAGCAGAUCAGCGUGCCUGUGCCGCACUUCGGAGGCAGCGACCCUGCCGACAUUGUGCACGACUUCCAGAGGGGCCUCACCGCCUAUUUCGACAUUGCCUUGGACAAAUGCUACAUCACAGAGCUGAACACGACCUUGGUGAUGCCUCCGCGGAGCUUGUGGGAGCUGCUUAUCAACGUCAAGAGGGGGACGUACCUUCCUCAGACGUACAUCGUCCAGGAGGAGAUGAUGGUGACGGGGAGGGUGAGGAACAUGAGGCAGUUGGGCCCGUUCAUCCACAGACUGUGCUUUGGCAAAGAAACCUACCGCCUGAGACGCCGGAAUCAGCGUCAACGUAUCGAGAGGCGCGAGACAAAGCGCUGCCACAGCAUCCGUCACUUUGAGAACACGUUUGUGGUCGAGACCGUCAUCUGUGACAGGUUCUGAAAUCUGAGGCGGAAAUCACAGCCAUCCAGCACCAACUUGAAACCAUACCUCUGGAAUUCCUUAGGCGUUUAAAAACUGCACUUUAAGAGCAAACUGUGUUCGUCUUGAGACUUGAAAUGUUCUUUUUGUCAUUUGAAUUGUCUGUAGAUCUUAUUUAUCUGUAGUAAGUCUUGAGCAGAAAACUGCUUGGAUGAAGCUGCUCGCACUCUAAAUGUCAGUUUAUCUAUAUUUGUUUAAACGUCAGCAAAUGGCAGCACAUACCUCAUGUUGUUAAUAUGUUAAUUUAUUAGUAAAUGAAUGAUGUACAUAACUUUGAUUGUUCUUGAGCAAUAUAUACUGUAAAUGAGUUUCCUGAACAUCCUGUUGCAUAGAUUUUUAUGGAGAAAUUCACUCGUGAAAGAUCAUUUAUAAACGUUUUGCUUACUUUUGGUGUCACUUUUCCAUAUUUCUUGGAUAUCAAGGCUUUUGACUGUAAUAGUAGCAGUGCUGUAGAUGGAUAGAAGGAACCAAAGUCUGCAUUCAGUGAUGAUUUCUGUUUUUUUUUAGUUUAGAUCACUCACUGUAGAUGAUAUAUCAAAGGCUUUCACCUUAUUUAUGCUCUUCCUUUUCUUCACUAAGAUAUUCCUGUUGUCUUUAGCUCCUCAGUCUUUCCCAUUUUGGUACCAUAUUCUAAAAAGACGGAUCUUCCUAAAUGAUGGAAUAGAUUUGGGUCGUUUGUAAUGUUUAUGUUCCAUUGUCUUUCAAACUUCCUGUUUCUGUACAGUUAAAAUCUCUUGUAAUAUCUCACUGCUUUAAAAAAUAAAUGACUAAAACUA